GAGAAAGAGAAAGAAAGAGAGAGAGGGAAAUAGAGAGGGUGUUUUUAUCUCAUUUUAAUUUUCUCGUGGUCGCGGGGCGCAGAUUGCAAAUGGCCGUAAGUGGACACAACUUGUUCACGUAUCAUGUCAACAAAUGAUGUGGUAUUUAUUUCCAUGAUAAAUUAUAUUAAUUGUGAUGAUAUUGUCGGUGUGAUGUUUUUAUUGCGGCAGUAAAUGCCAUUAAUAUUUAUAAUUAUUUAGUUUUAUAAAACGGGUUAUUUUUCGGCGGGAAAAUAAUACAAUAAAUAUAUAUUAAGUUUUUAACACGUUUGUUGGUUUUAUAACGAUGUCUGGAUACCGUAGGGUCAAUUAUUAUGAGCUGUGUCGAUUGUGUACUAAUAGUGAGGGUGAUAAAAUGAAUAUAUUUCGUGACGAGGGACGGAGAAGACAAUUGCAAACUAAAAUUCAAAAUUAUUUACCUGUCCAGGUACUUGAGGAAGACUCGCUGCCAAAGAUUGUGUGUCAUGAGUGUGUCAGAAAGUUGGAGAGUUACAUUGAAUUUCGCGAGACUGUGGUCAGUGCCGAGGGCAUGUUGGAGUCGUAUUUCACGUCUCUGAGAUUUUCGGAAGAUUUUUUGAAAGAAGGUAAAGUUUAUGUCAAAAGUACUGAGAAAGAUCAUCAGCCACCGAGUCCGCAGGAGGAUCCGCUGAAGAUUGAAAAAAUAGUUGACGUUACUCCGACAGUAGCAAGUCAAAUAAUUAUUGAACCUCAGCAAACUCAACAUCAGCCGAUUGUCGUUGGUAAUAUAAAUGCUUCUAACAUACAGAUUAUCAGCGGAGUCCAAGCUAGAGUCCAGCAGUACAAGUGUGCCAUGCAGAUGCAACCCGGUGGUGUAGCCGCUGCCGUUGUCGAAGCAACCGCAGAAACUCACUACAGUUAUCAACAACAAACAUCUCAGCAAGUGUCACCACAACAUCAAUCCACUCACGUGAAUCGUCUUACUGAUCAGCAAACACCGCAGAUUCAAGUGCAAAAUCAAAUACAGAGCCAAAGUCAAAUUAAUCAGUUACAAAGUACGAGACAGGUACAAAAUACUCAGCAGCCUAAUCAACAGCAACAACAAUCUCAACCUCAACAAAAUCAACCGCAACCUCAGCCUCAAGCCAUCCAGAUUCCACAGCAACCCCAGCGACAACAGACUCAGCAGCAACAGCAGCAGUGUCAGAUGACUCAAAUGCAGAUACGGGAAUUUGAAAAAAGAUUACAGAUUGAAAAACAAGUGCGAAUGUCACCGCAAGAGCAAAAUCAAACUCAAGUACAUCAAAAUAAUAACGUGUUAACAAAAACAGAUAUCGCAGCAGAUCAAAAUCAACAGAGAGCACUUAAAUCUGAAGUGGUGGAGUCAAGUAGUAUUAAUUCACCAAAUGAAAAUGUACAAAAUUACGCAACUGUCCAGGCAUCACCGGAGGUGUUCCUCAGUCUUGGAUUUAAAGAAGCCGGACUUAAUAACACACAGCAGACGCGUGAUGAUACCAAGGACUUUAGAGAUUACAUUAAAAAUACAACAGAUGAUGCACUGUCGCGUAAUUCAAUAGGACAGAUUUCAGAAUUUCUGAGAAUUCGCUCGUGUCCCGAGCCAUCAACAUUGAUUACAGUUAAUCCUCAAGUUAUCUGUCAGACAAGCCGUAGUUUCGCGUGUCGCGAGUGCGGUAAAACAUUUGAAUCGGAAAAUCAAUUGAACAGCCACCAGUGCCCCAGUUCUCCGACAAUCGAUGAAAUGUCAGACAUCAGUAAAGAAGAACCUGUUCAGAAUAAUACCAAUUUAUUUAAUUGUGACAUUUGCAGCAAACCCUUCAAACGAAAAGAACAUUUAUUUCAGCACCGCAAGCUUCAUACCGGCGAGCGUCCUUACAUCUGCACGACCUGCACCAAAGCUUUCAGCCGGAAGGAACAUCUCGUGCGGCACUCGGUCUCCCAUACCGGUCAGAAAAUGCACGAGUGCGAGAUGUGCGGAAAAAGUUUCUCGCGCAAAGAUAAUCUUCACAAGCAUCGUAAAACUCACGGUGUUGCGGGCCCUUAUAUUUGUGAAACCUGCGGAAAAUCAUUUGUCGUAAAACAUUAUUACUUAGUCCAUCUAGGAACACAUGCGCCCAUAGACGGGGAAAAUUGCCCGGACCCGCUACCGUACAAGUGCGACUUAUGUCACAAAGCCUUCUCCGUAAAACAGUAUCUCGCUACUCACAAAGCGCGGCAUAGAAAAAAUGCAAAUGCUAGCGCUAAUAAUGUAACUAAUCAACAACCUACAGCUCAACAAACCCAACAGGCUCAGCAACAGCAACAAGUACCGACAGUUCAAACUAGUAAUGGAAUAAACGUAUCGUCAAACGGUGUUACGAAUACGAAUGGACAAACUAAUGACAGUUCGGUCGUUGAAAUUCACAGUGUCAUUGAGAGAAAUGAUUCUCAGGCCAGACAGCAGCAGCAGCAGCAUGGAUCAUUUGAUAACAAUCAAUAUCACGGUAAUAUUCAACAAUUUCAAUGAGAUAAGGAUAAGCGAGUGUACUACGUUCUCUUACCCAAUGGCAAUAAUCAUAAAAUUGUUCUUGUUUAGUUGUCUUAAUUAUUAUUAUUAAUUAUAUAAAUAAAUAAACAAGUACACGCGCUUAUUCUCUGAGUAUCUGAUUAUCAGCGAUCAUAAAAAACACUGCCGUUAAUUUUACAAAAGUAAACUUUAUUAUUCUUCACGAGAAUUUGAAUAGAUUUUUUUUUUUUAAAUUGAAUAGAGAUGAAGAAUAAAUGAGUUUAAAUUUUUUAAAAUUUUUCGUGGCUGAUUGAAUACAAACUAUUAUUAAUUUUUUUAUAUUUUUUAUUUAAAUCAAUGAUAUUAUUUAAAGUACUUGAACAGACAGAUUUUGUAUUUUAAUAAUCAAUAAGAUAAUCAAAGGAAAUUAUAAAUGUAACUGAGAGAAAGCAACAAACCCCGAUUACACAACAGAUAUCACAUAUUAAAUAUAUAUAUAGAUUUGAUGAUUGUUUUGAUUUAAAAUGGCUUAAGAGACUGAUAAAUAUAUUAAUUGUAUGUCUAUAUAUUUUAUCAGAUACAAAGUAUUAUCGAAUAUGAAGACAGUGAAUUGCGUAAACGAUUUUUGCAUGUAGAUUUAUUAUUAUUAUUAUUAAUAUUAAUAUUAUUUGUAUUAGGCGAAGAUAAUAAAGGGAGCAAGAGUUUGAAUAAGAGAAUGAGAGGAAAUUUAAAUGAAUGAAUAAUUGAUAAGAUACAGCAUAGACUUAAAAAAAAAGUAACAUCAAAAAAUAUGUACUAAUAUAUGUAUAUUAUAAAUAUAAUAGUUUUUUGUGCAGUAAAAAUUUAAUAACGGACAAGUGUGUCCGUUAUUAAACUAUUUUUUCAUAAGAUUCCAAUAGAAAAAUAUUUUAUAUUCGAUAAUAUUUAUCAUUAAAUUUAUCAGUUUAUUUUAUAUAUUAUAUUAUAUAUAAAUAAUAUCAUUUUGCUGCUUUUUAAUUAAGAAUCAUUAAUAUUUUAAUCAGUGAUUUAUUAUUUUUAAGAGCUAUGGAUUUUUUACGUACAACAAUCUCAUAUUAUU